AGAGCGCAGAUGUCAUGAGGAGAGCCGCCGCUCGACCAGCGCAGUCCGACCGAGCCCAGCCCGCCUGCACGCGCCCCGCUCUGGGAUGCUUUUAGCGCACACGCGCUCCCACUCAGGGCCGCCGGUGGAUUCACGCCAUCCUCGCUCUCUCCAUCCUUGUUGUUGUUGUUAAAACGAGGACCAGCAGCCCCUCCACCCCCUCUCUAAAGCGUUUAUUUGUAUUUCUUCAUGACUGCUGCGUUGGGAAGCGAGCCUCCGCACCAGCUCCAGCCACACGAUGCGAGCCCAAAUCGAAGUUAUACCAUGCAAAAUCUGCGGAGACAAAUCAUCAGGUAUCCACUAUGGAGUCAUUACAUGCGAGGGCUGUAAGGGCUUCUUCAGACGGAGUCAGCAAAACAAUGCCUCAUACUCCUGCCCCCGCCAGAGGAACUGCCUCAUCGACAGAACAAAUCGUAACCGCUGCCAACACUGCCGUCUGCAGAAAUGUCUCGCCCUCGGAAUGUCCAGAGAUGCGGUUAAGUUUGGCCGAAUGUCCAAAAAGCAGCGCGACAGCCUUUACGCAGAGGUCCAGAAGCACCAGGCACGACUUCAGGAGCAGCGACAGCAGCAGACUGGUGAAGCUGAAGCUCUGGCACGCGUUUACUCCUCCAGCCUAACCAACGGACUGUCCACCCUCAACCAUGAAAUCGGGGGCACUUAUGCCAACGGUCAUGUCAUAGAGCUACCCAAAGGUGGCCAUGGUAAUGGAGGCGGAGUGCCAGGGGGCUACUAUGGCAUCGAUUCCACCCAGCCGUCUCCAGACCAGUCAGGUUUGGACAUGACGGGCAUGAAGCACAUAAAGCAGGAGCCGGUUUAUGACCUGACGCCAGUACCCAACCUGUUCAGCUAUGGAGGCUACCAGGACAGCCAGUUUGGACCCAGUAAUGUCAGCAUGGGAGAGCUAGACCGUAUUGCUCAGAAUAUCAUCAAGUCACACUUGGAAACAUGUCAGUACACAACAGAGGAGCUGCAGCAGCUAGCCUGGCAGACACAUUCAUACGAAGAAGUCAAGAUGUACCAGAGCAAGCCUCAGGACGUGCUGUGGCAGCAGUGUGCCAUCCAGAUCACCCAUGCCAUCCAGUACGUGGUGGAGUUUGCCAAGCGUAUCUCAGGGUUCAUGGAACUGUGCCAGAAUGACCAGAUCCUCCUCCUUAAGUCAGGUUGUUUGGAGGUAGUCUUGGUGCGGAUGUGCAGGGCGUUUAACCCUCUUAACAACACUGUGCUCUUUGAGGGAAAAUACGGAGGCAUGCAGAUGUUCAAAGCUCUAGGUUGUGACGACUUAGUGAGUGCAGUGUUUGACUUUGCCAAGAGCAUGUGUUCACUGCAGCUAACAGAGGAGGAGAUUGCACUUUUCUCAGCAGCUGUACUAAUUUCUACAGAUCGGCCCUGGCUAAUGGAGCCGCGAAAAGUCCAGAAGCUCCAGGAGAAGAUCUACUUUGCUCUACAGCACAUUAUGCAGAAGAACCACAUGGAUGAAGAUGCACUGGCUAAGCUGAUCAGCCGAAUCCCAACAUUGUCAGCCCUGUGCACCCUUCAUACCGAGGAGCUUCAGGCCUUCCAGCAACUCCAUCCAGAAACGGUCAACGUCCUCUUCCCUCCCCUCUACAAAGAACUCUUUAACCCCGACCCAAACUCUGCCAUGGCCAUGCCCAAGUGAGGUGGUCCAAAAUCCACCAAACAGCCACAGAAGAGGACCAAUAAAUUUAAAGUACGCUCCGUCCGACAAGACAACAGCGACCGUGUCGACUGUGUCAUUGUAGCAACCAGGUAUUUUUGAGCUCCCCAGGCUCGUUUCAGACCGGUGGGUGAGGAUUCAUCUACUAGAAACUCGCGUUAUCGCCAACAACACUAGGAAUGUCCUGCACUUAUCCCAUCCUGUUCACCGUUACAGUCUGAAGAAUGUAUAUAUAAAUGAAGCGUGCCCCAGCCACAACUUCAGAGGGACUUCCACGUGUUUCCUGAACUGAAGUGACUGACCAGAAAUGUACAGACUUUAAAACAGCUAGAAACUAUUUCAAGCUGUCAAAUCUGUUUGUUUUUUUAAAGAUGGGUAAGUUAAUUUGAUUUAACUUAGAAAAAUAAUUGUUUUGUUCUUUUUUUUAUUUACCCCCAUGAAGACUUCGUGACCAUGAAGGAGCUGGAUGAGGGAGGGGACUGGAUUUAGAGA